CAACGUUGCAGCUCAGGCACCAGGGUCUUUUCAGAGGGGCGGGGUCUGUUUCUCUGCAGAGGGAUGCUGAUGCUGGACCACUGAGUCUGGAAGUCCCUGCUCACACACUCACGCUAACUGCAGUAAGACUCCCUCAAGCUACAAGCAUCUGUGCUACAUCUCCUCUAUCUCUCUCCUGUCUGUCCUCCUCCUUCUUCUUUUCCUCUCCUUCCUUACGUGUCCAGCAUCUCUUCGUCCCCCACAGCUCAGCCUGACUCACUCAGUUUUCUUCCUCUUCUUCCUCACAUUCGAGCCAAGCCAAGUGACACGACCUGGGAUCAUGUCCUCCAACCUGCCCUCCGGAACCGCAGUCGGUGGCUCUGGGGCCAAAAGCAAGCCCCUCUCCUCAUAUAAGAAGCGGGGCAGCCUACAGUACACAGCCAGCACAGUUGAACUUCGUGGUCCUCGCCGCCUCCUCACUACCCAGCAUUCCUUACCUGGGAUCCCAGUGGCACUGAAACAAUCUAUUGACCUGCGCACCUCCAUGGACGGAAAAUACAAGGAGAUAGCUGAGGAGCUGUUCUCCCGCAGCCUGGCAGAGAGUGAGAUGCGGAGCGCCCCCUACGAGUUUCCAGAGGACAGUCCCAUCGAACAGCUGGAGGAGAAGCGCCACCGCCUUGAGCGGCAGAUUAGCCAGGAUGUCAAGUUCGAACCUGACAUCCUCCUCCGAGCCAAACAGGAGUUCAUGAAGACGGACAGUGCCACAGACCUGGAAUUCAUGAAGGAGCAGAGCCAGGCUCCUAAUACGCAGGAGAGAGACCCGGUUCCAGAGAAGGAGUACCAGAGAGUCUCUAUUUCUGGAGAGGAGAAAUGUGGGGUUCCAUUCACAGAUCUAUUGGAUGCUGCCAAAUGUGUGGUGAAGGCUCUGUUCAUUAGACAAAAGUACAUGGGUCUGUCGCUGCAGAGCUUCUGCAGGACCACGGCUCGCUACCUGCAGGAGCUGAGCGAGAGACCUCUGUACUUAGAUAUCUAUGAGGAGGAGGAGGAUUUUGAAGAGACCACGGAGACCAGCAUCACUGCAGAUGCCCCAGUGCACCCAUCUGCUUCUGACACACACCCGUACGAGAACCAGGACCCCGCCAGCAUGCCCCCUGAUGUGGGUUACGGCUGUAAGAUGGUGAACGGCGUCAUGCAUGUGUACACCAGCAGGGACAUAAUGGAAAAGAGCACAGAGCUGGACCUGCCAUAUCCAGACCUGCAGGACUACAUCGCUGAUAUGAACGUCAUGAUGGCCCUCAUUAUUAAUGGACCGGUAAAGUCCUUCUGCUAUCGUCGGCUGCAGUAUCUCAGCUCCAAGUUCCAGAUGCACAUUCUGCUAAAUGAGAUGAAGGAGCUAGCAGCACAAAAACAGGUCCCCCAUCGAGACUUUUACAAUAUCCGUAAGGUAGACACUCACAUUCAUGCUUCAUCUUGCAUGAACCAGAAGCAUCUUCUUCGUUUUAUCAAAAGAGCCAUGAAGAAGUAUCCAAAAGAUAUUGUGCACAUGGAGAAAGGCAAAGGUCAGACACUCAUGGAGGUGUUUGAGAGUAUGAACCUGACAGCCUUUGACCUUAGUGUGGACACUCUGGACAUGCAUGCUGACCGCAACACAUUCCAUCGAUUUGACAAAUUUAACGCCAAAUAUAAUCCCAUUGGCGAAUCCAUCCUGAGAGAGAUCUUCAUCAAAACCGACAACUAUAUCGAGGGGAAAUACUUCGGUCACAUUAUAAAGGAAGUGAUGGCUGACCUGGAGGAAAGCAAGUACCAGAACGUGGAGCUCCGGCUGUCCGUCUAUGGGCGCUCCAGAAACGAGUGGGACAAGCUGGCCAAGUGGGCCGUCAGACAUCAGGUCUACUCCAACAACGUGCGUUGGCUUGUACAAGUGCCACGACUAUUUGAUGUCUACCAUACAAAGAGACAGCUGUCCAACUUCCAAGAAAUGCUCGAGAAUAUCUUCAGGCCUCUGUUUGAGGUCACAAUCAACCCUGGCAGCCAUCCAGAACUGCACCUCUUUCUUCAGCAUAUUGUUGGCUUUGACAGUGUGGAUGAUGAAUCCAAACCAGAGCAGCAUAUCUUCAACCUGGACAGUCCCCUGCCAGCCAACUGGACAGAGGAGGACAACCCGCCAUAUUCAUACUACCUAUAUUAUAUGUAUGCAAACAUGACUGUGUUGAACCACCUGCGCAGGCAUCGUGGGUUUCACACCCUUGUUCUGCGCCCUCACUGUGGGGAAGCGGGGCCGAUCCACCACCUGGUGUCUGGGUUCAUGCUAUCAGAGAACAUCUCCCAUGGACUGCUGCUCAGAAAGGCUCCUGUGCUGCAGUAUCUGUAUUAUUUGGCUCAGAUCGGCAUUGCUAUGUCUCCUCUCAGCAAUAACAGCCUGUUCCUCAGCUACCAUCGUAACCCUCUGCCAGAGUACCUGUCCCGAGGGCUCAUGGUUUCUCUGUCAACAGACGAUCCUCUGCAGUUUCACUUUACCAAGGAGCCCUUGAUGGAGGAGUACAGCAUUGCAGCUCAGGUGUGGAAACUGAGCUCCUGUGACAUGUGUGAGCUAGCCAGGAACAGCGUCUUAAUGAGCGGAUUCUCUCAUAAGGUGAAGAGUUGCUGGCUCGGUCCGAACUACAUCAAAGAAGGACAGGAGAGUAAUGACAUCAGACGCACCAACGUCCCCGACAUCCGCGUGGCGUACCGCUAUGAGACCAUGUGUGAGGAGCUGAAUUUAAUUACACAGGCCAUUCGCACAGAUGAGCUGGAGACCAUUGAGGAGGAGGGGGCACUGUGUAUGGGAGCGGUGCAGGCAGAGACUUGAAUGUGCAGCACAGACAGCUCAACACAGUCCAUAUUUCCACAUCAGGA